AAAUAAUUGUUGAGGACGGCCUAACCUACCCUUCCCCUCAAAUCCAACUCCAAGAGCAAGAAACCACACAUCCGAACCCAAAUCUUCGCUUCUGAGUCGCCAUGGCUCUCUCUUCUCUCUUCGCCCCUCUUCCCCUUCCGCUGCCGAAGUUGCCCUACACCUCCAAAUCAAGCCGCUUCGUCCCCAUCCGGACCUCCGCCGCGGCGGCCGCCGCCACCGCCUCCCCUUCUUUUGACCUGCGCCGCUACUGGACCUCGCUGAUCGCGGAGGUCGAGGGUGAGCUCGACGCGGCGAUGCCCAUCCGCCCGCCGGAGAGCAUCCACUCCGCCAUGCGCCACGCCGUCCUCCCGGGCGCCGGCAAGGAGGGCGCCGCCAAGCGCGCGCCCCCGGUGCUCUGCGUCGCCGCCUGCGAGCUCCUGGGCGCGCCCCGCGCCGCGGCGCUCCCUACCGCCGCCGCCCUCGAGAUGCUCCACGCGGCGUCGCUCGUGCACGACGACUUGCCGUGCUUUGACGCUGCGCCCACCCGCCGCGGCCGCCCGUCCACCCACGCCGCCUACGGCACCGACAUGGCCGUCCUCGCGGGCGACGCGCUCUUCCCCCUCGCCUACACCCACGUCAUCUCCCGCACCCCUUCCCCCAACCCCGUGUCGCAUGCCGUCCUCCUCCGCGUCCUCGCGGAGCUCGCGCGCACCGUGGGAUCCACCGGCAUGGCCGCCGGCCAGUUCCUCGACCUUGCCGGUGCCACUGCCCUCGGCGAGCGCGAGGUCAUGCAGGUGCUGACCAAAAAGUUCGGCGAGAUGGCCGAGUGCUCCGCCGCCUGCGGCGCUAUGCUCGCCGGCGCGGGCCCCGACGAGGAGGCCUCGUUGCGGCGAUACGGCCGCACCAUCGGCGUCCUCUACGAGCUAGUGGAUGACAUACGGAGCGCGUCGGGAAACGGCAAGAUGAGGAGCAACGCCAGCGUCCUGCGCUCGCUGGGCAUGGACCGUGCGCUCGGCAUCGUGGAGGAGCUCAAGGCGCAGGCCAAGGCGGAGGCGGACAGGUUCGCCGAUAAGUACGGCGAGAGGGUGUUGCCUUUGUACAGCUUCGUGGACUACGCUGUGGAGAGGGGGUUUGAGCUGCAGGAUGCUGCUGCAAAGCCGUGACCGUCUGACGGGCGAACAUUCGGUGAAGUUUCAUAUCCGAAACUCGUAAUUUGUAGUGCUACUACUAUAUGUUUAGAACAUUAGAUGCGUGGUUGAUGUCCCUGUUGAAAAUUUAGCUGGUUACUGAAAUAAGAUGUGAUGAAAUAGAAGACCUUAUUGGACGAAAUACCAAUAAUUUUGUGUUUGCACUGCAAUAGCUCUGAAUCCAUAUUAAUUGUCUCAAA